AUGAGUACAAUGUUUGCGGACACGCUCCUCAUCGUCUUCAUCUCCGUGUGCACCGCGCUGCUAGCCGAAGGAAUCACGUGGGUGCUGGUGUACCGCACGGACAAGUACAAGCGGCUCAAGGCGGAGGUGGAAAAGCAGAGCAAAAAACUGGAGAAGAAGAAGGAAACCAUCACGGAAUCGGCGGGACGCCAGCAAAAGAAGAAGAUCGAGAGACAAGAAGAGAAACUCAAGAACAACAAUCGGGAUUUGUCCAUGGUGCGCAUGAAGUCCAUGUUCGCCAUCGGCUUCUGCUUCACCGCUUUGAUGGGCAUGUUCAACUCCAUUUUUGACGGGCGCGUGGUGGCCAAGCUGCCCUUCGUGCCGCUCUCCUACAUCCAGGGCCUGUCGCACCGCAACCUGCUGGGCGACGACUACACCGACUGCUCCUUCAUCUUCCUCUACAUCCUUUGCACCAUGUCCAUUCGACAGAACAUCCAGAAGAUGUUGGGCCUGGCUCCCUCCAGGGCGGCUACCAAGCAGGCGGGGGGCUUCCUGGGACCCCCUCCCCAAGCCGCCAAGUUCUCCUGA